AUGGACGGAGGGCAGGUUCAAAUGAACUGGUUACAGCAGCCAUACACAUAUUCGUGGGCACCUGUGAAUAUGCUAAAUUAUUCAAAUCCGUACACUGCACCCGUCACAACAAGUACAUUUCCGUCAGCACUAAACUCGAGCCUGCCAACUUCGUGGCCACUGUCGAGCCCUAACCUUGACAAUGUGGCUAAUUUAAAUAACGAAACUAACAGAAAUGACCUUACUCACCAAGAAACAUCAUUCCAAUACCCCAACCUCCGGCCUUCCUCGGGCACAAAGAUGUUGGCAGACGUACAAGAGCAACCCGAGAGCCCAAAAGAAAUCGCUCAAACGUUUCAUCUGAGUCCUAUUACGAAGCAAGCCAAAAGACGAGUUCAAAACCGCAAUGCUCAAAAGGUAUUCCGAAAGCGCAAACAAGAGCACGUUGAAACGCUGGAAAAGCAAGUCAUAUACUUGAAGCAACAACUCGAGCUUUGUAGACAGGAAAAUAACUGUCUACAUGGUCUGAGUAAUCACAUCUUGGAUAAUCUCUAG